AGUAUAUUGAAUAUAAGUGGUGUAAUACACCCUCGUGAUGCGCCGCCGCUAAACACUUACCUCGUCCUCGGAUUUUCCACGGAUUUUCCCGAGGCCAAGUGACAAACGUCGUCGGCAUCAGUUUACUCUUGACUAUUGAUUUGGACAAAGUUUGUGUAUACGUGAAAAAAAAAAAAUAAAAAAUUAUAUUUAUUUUAUUGGUGACAAUUUGAAUUAUAUGACAGUUGUAUUUUACAUAAAAUAUAACACAUAUUAUUUUUAUAAUACAGAUUAUUAUUAAUUGAGGCAUAUGGAAAAAAUAAACAGCGUCAUGAGAGAUAAUACAAGUGAAUUAAAAUCACCUUCUAUUGACACCGAUAUCCUUAAUCCAUUUGUUCAUCGUCUUGAACUCGAUACAACUUAUGAAAAAUUGAAGACAGCUUUUCUAACGGUAGCUCUACUACCUUUACGACUGGCAGCAAUCACUGCAUUAGUGAUUAUCGGAUGGCUGCUGGCUUGUUUAGGACUUCAUGGAUUGUCAGAAGAUGAUCUACGUCGUGCCCCUCUCACUGGUUGGAGACGAAAAAUAGUGCCAUGGCUAUGUUUUCUUGGGCGUUUAACAUAUACAGCAGCAGGAAUGAAAAUAGUAGUACGUGGAAGACAAGCAUCAAGAUCAGAAGCUCCAAUAUUAGUGGUUGCACCUCAUUCGACUUUCAUUGACGGUGGUAUUGUCUACAUCUUGGGAUUUCCAUCUACUAUCGUCAGGAGAGAAUCGGGUCUUAACCCAUUUACCGGAAAAUUGAUAAACUAUACGCAGCCAGUUUACGUGUGGAGAGAUGAUCCGAACUCGAGGCAGAAUACGAUAAAAGAAAUAAUUGAACGUGCGACUUCAAAGGAAGACUGGCCUCAAAUAAUGAUUUUUCCGGAAGGUACUUGUACCAAUCGUUCAUGUCUAAUAACUUUCAAAUGCGGAGCAUUUUAUCCUGGUGUACCAGUACAGCCUGUUUGUAUUCGUUAUCCAAAUAAAUUAGAUACUGUUACGUGGACAUGGGAAGGUCCAGGAGCACUCAAAUUACUGUGGCUUACACUGACGCAAUUAAAUAGCAGCUGUGAAAUUGAAUUUUUACCAGUAUACAGACCAAGUGAGGCCGAAAAAACUGAUCCUAAAUUAUAUGCAAAUAAUGUACGCCGUUUAAUGGCUGAAGCUCUUGAAAUUCCCGUCUCCGAUUAUACAUACGAUGACUGUCGUAUAAUAAACAAAGCACAUAUGCUACAUUUACCCCAUGCAGCUGUGAUUGUAGAAGCCCAUAAGCUACGCUGUAAACUCGGCCUACAAAAAGUUAAAGUAGAAGAAGAAUUAGUACAAAAAAGACUGGUUAAUAUUGAAGAAACAAUAAACUUUAAUGAAUUUGCCAGAAUACUUAGAUUAGAUGCCAAAGAUCCUUCAGUUCAACAACUGUUCAGGAUUCAUGAUCGUGCUAAUAAAGGGACAAUAGACAUUGAAGAGUAUAUAUUUACAGUACUCGCUAUCGCAAACGCAAAUUCCGUCCUUGAUCUUGUAGAUAUUGCAUUUAAUGUCUGUGACGCCAAUGGUACCAAGUGCCUCGACGCUAAAAAAUUACGAAAGGCCUUGAAACUUUCUCUACAAUUGGAGCCCGAAGAAAGUGACAGAAUUUUUUCACAAGCAACUCGAGAAGUCAGCGGAUCUGAUGCCGUAUCUUUUGAGGAUGUAAUAACAGUAUUGGGCACGAGGACAGAAUUCACACAUAUCUUUGCAGAUGACAAUGAAGUUAGAAGGAAGAAAACCAUUUGAGAAUGUCUCUUCGGCUCGUCGCCAAGUCCUCAAAGAAUUAGAAAAAGUCGGGACUCAGACAAGCCGCUUCUCAUGGGCGUAUGCUCUAAUUCCGUAUAAAUAAUGAAACAAUUAAAUUAAACAAAAAAAAAAGAAUUAAACAAUUUAUUAAAAUAAAUUUUAGGGUUCUAAAUAAAUAAGUUCUUCCUAAUUAAUAAAUCUACGUCGCUCGUAAUUAUUAAGUCAUGUAAAUAGCGAAUACCAACUGAAUAUCCGUAGAACGAAUCAGAUAAUUUUCAGCAUUAUUAACUUAUUAAAUAUUAGAAUAGAUUAUUUUAUCAUGCAAAUAUUAGAUUUAUUUAAGUAGAUUACUCAGGGUUAGUGAUCACAUACUAUACGCUUGAUAACAUCGAUAAAUUUAAUAGCAAUACGUUAAAUUAUUUAUUGUUCUUUUUUUUUAUUGAAAUUUUAGUAAGAUAUAUAGAUAAAUAUUUAUAUAGAUGCAUUUGAAGUAAAAUGUUAUUCAAAAUUCAUCUAUUGCUCAAUAAUUCAUUUAAUGUUGUUGUUAUUUAUUUAUUAUAAAACUUUUUAUUCAGAGAUCGUUAUUAUUAGAUCGUUAAUCUAAUUAAUUAAUUGAAUAGACAAUUUAAUUAUUAUAUCGCGACAUGUCGUAUCAUCUGUAAUGUUCCCUGCGCGUAUAUAAGUAUAAAAAUUUAUUUGUAUACUUGAAUAUAUUAAUAAUAUAUACACCUAGUUAUGUAACUGUAUAUAUAGAAUUUAAAUAAAAAUAUUAUUCUUACAUUU